GCACAUUUUCUUUGUUUCGCAAUUAUAUUCCAGGCCGCGUAGCGUUCCACAAAGAAUGAAUCAAGUUUACCAAGGUGGAAGUCCAACUGUUUUGAAAAAGAGAUACAGAGACCACAACACCAGUGUUUUACAGAGGGCACCGAAAGACCGGCUUUUAAAAAUGAAUUUGUCAGAUGGAUGGGAACCUCUGUGCAAAUUUCUUGGAAAACCUAUCCCGAACGUCCCUUUUCCACAUAAAAACAAAAAAAGAUCGGUUAUAGAGGAAAUCAAUAAAAAAAGCCCGUUUGCUCGACAUAUCAAAAGAGAAAUGUCCAUAGCAAUAUUUGUCAUUUCAGUGUUAUUAGCUGUGGGUGUUUUCUUUUUGAGUAAAUCAUUUUUCUGAAAUAUGUCCUGAAAUUGGUUUAUAAGCAUCUCGUGGCACAUCUUAUAAAAUGUUUCAAAUGAUAUAAAUAGAAUAUAAAACUUG